CGGGGUAUUGUUGGGAUUUCUUGGAUUUGUGGAUAUGAAACGUGUCACCUUCCCUUUAUCCUACAUGCUUCCCUUUUCCUGUUACCAGCAGACUCUUCUGUUUCCUCUCAAAAUCCUCGUGAAUCCACCGGUAAUGGUAGCUAUGGGACUAAUUGUUGAAUAAUACCACACAUCAGCAACAAAACACCACGAACCGCCUUCAAUUGUUGGAGCAAGCCUGGUGAUGAUGGCUUUGGAAAUUAUGACCGGUUGCUCUCUUCGUUCUUCCUUUCUUGAGCAGGGUUUUAACAGCUUCAGUUGUUUGUGAUUAAGGACCAAUACCAACAGCUAUAUGUUAAUAUAUAACCACUAGAUCAGAGAGGAGCAGGGGUAUGAAGGGAAUAAAAUGGUGAAAAUUAGGGAAUUUGAAGAGGAGACUCUUCCUAUGCCAUCUCAAAGUUGUUAUACAAAUCUGUUGUACUUUGGCACAAGAAUGGUGAUUAUCCACAUGGUCAUAAGGUUGUACCCUGAUGCUAAUCCGGAUGUUUUAAGUGGAUUUCAUUAUCUACUCAAUGGGAAACAAGUUUCUCCUGGCACCACUUGGGAAGGUGUUGAUAUUCCACCAGCAGAUUCUUUAAAAGAUAGGAAAGUGGUCCCUGAUUCGGAUCCACCAAGUACUAAAGAUGUUAAUCUGCUGUAUAAAUUUGUUGAUAAAAGUACAAAACUUGUUGCGCCGACUGGUGCUGACAUAAGCACGGAGUGUGGAAUUCAUGAUUAUAGAAGGGACUGAAAAGAACUCAGAGGAUGCUCCCAUAUAAUUCUGGAACUUCCAAGAUGAGAGAUAGGAGAAAAGAAUGAUAGGUGCAAGGAAAAUAUGGUGAAGAACACCUCUAUUUAUAGUUUUCAAGAAUCUCUAGGAUCUUGCCAAGUGUUUAGGAGGGUUAUGAGAUCAUUACAUGUGUUAUUCCAGCUGUUUAAAAACAACUAACAAUCCAUAGAAUUUAAUUAAAUGGUUUGUUGUUAAGAAUGGGGCUCAAGCAAAAUAUAAAACCAAUAAAAUAAACCAGCUUUGCUGCUGUUUCUCUUGCUGGCGGCCCUCGAAGACAGCAGGUCCAUGGGUCGCGACCCGCGACUCUGUCCGGCCCAGCUCCAAAGUUUUGUUGUUUGGCAGUUAUGGUGCCUCACAUUCUUUUAGUCGUCAUUUAGCUUUCAAGUUUUGUUAUUUUUGGCACAUUAUUUUCUUAUAUAUUAUGUAAUCUAAAUAUAAGGCAUGAAUACCCCUAGUGGCCGGUCUUAGGCACACCCGGGAGUACGAUCGAACAUCACGGAGUUCCCAGUUCGUUUAAAAGGUCUCUCAAAGGUGUAGAUUUACACGUUGACGCUUAUAGUCCUUUUAACGCACAAACUUGUGCGUAUUAUCGUUUAACGGCAUAAAAGCCCUUAACGGCCAAUAUUAGGCAUUCCCAAGAGUAUGAUCAAACAUCAUAAAGCUCCGGGUUUGUUAAAAGGUCACUCAGAGGUAAGAAUUAACAUGUUGACACUUUUAACCCUUUGAUGCACAAUCUUUGGAUUUUAUCAUAAACGGUUUCAUUUAUCUAACAAGUGGCUCUAUAAGAGAAUACGAAUACCGUGUAAGGUCAUUCAGAGGCUUAGUUUAAGCAUAUUGACACUUUUAGUCCCUCUACAUUCAAGCAUCACGCGUGAUGUUUCACAUAACACCGCUGCCACCAACAUAUAUCACGCGUUAAACUUAGCAUGCGUGACAUUUAUCACGCGCUAAAUUUCGAAAAAAUGGAACGUUGGGGCUUGUUUCCGUUGAGAACAUGACCGUUUGAGAGGGUUUUUUUUUAUAAAAUCCAAAUAAUUCUCCAACUCAAUCCAAAUAUUCUUCCUUCAAAUCCAAACAUUCUUCAGUAGGUUAUCAAACCAGUUUUAUGGUUCACUUGUUAUUUUUCUUUCUUUCAAUGAAGUUCAACAAUAAAAGCAGUUUCAAACAGUUAAACUGGCAAACACAAGUCCAUUUUUUUGUAAACCAAAUCUUUCAAACAACAUACACUACAUCUCAACUGUACUUUUGUAAACCAAAUCUUUCAACAACAUUCACAUACACUUUCAAUCUUUACCUGCCCCAUUGUAACAUUGCAAUAGCUUCUGCGGCUUCAGCCUCUACCAAUUCUUGCCCAUGAACAGCCUCCACUCCUACAACAACCGCCUCUGCCCCCAUGAACCGCUUCAACCUCUACCAAUUCGUGCCCAUGAACAACCUUCGCUUGUAAUACCAUAACCCUUUCUUUAUCCCGACGAUAUGUGACCCAGGGCAAUUGAACUUUGUUUUUCCCACGUUUUAUCUCAGUGUCAUGUGACUCUAGUUCCUCCUCAUCACGAUUUUGUAAAUGCGAUGUACUGUUGCAUGACUGCUUGACCCGGCGUAAUUCUUGCGCCAUCUCUUCAGAUGCUUUCUUGAUAGUAACUAGUCGUUCCUUCAUCAUCAUCACAGUCUGUUCCACACUUGAAUCAUCUUUAAGCUGACCCAAGAGUAAAUCCAAUUGUUCAAUAUUAUUUUUGAAACCUUCGAAUUCACCGACCACAUAUGAUAAUGUGGUCUCUGUUGAGUUCUUUGCGAGACUCGCAUUGACCCAUUUGUCACGGAGUUAUUCUUGAACUCUCGUGCGACACUUAGAAUACUUCUAAGUUCAGCCUCGUUGUGAUGAAUGUGUGGUUGAUCUUGUCUUUGAACCAACCUCCAUUUGUAUUGAUGCAAUUGACAUACCUUGACGACAAGUGUCCGUCUCUGUCUUCAUUUUGUGAACUUGGUUUCUGUCUAUGAUGCAAAAUUUGUUUGCAAACAGAAUAAGAAAGGCCGAUUCUUUUGCGAAGAAAUCCUGGCCAAGCACGAAGUUAUGUUCUUUUAUUGGCACUACCGAAAGGUCGAUCUUACCUUUCCAUUUGCCGAUUGUGAUUUUGAUGUCGUAUGCCAUCCCAAGUAUUGGUUAGACGGGUCCAUUCAUGGUCUUUAUCAUUGCGUCUUGUUUUGUGACUCGAACACCGAGUCUUAUUGCUUCAUCUAUUGAGACGAAGUUAUGGCUUGCUCCUGUGUCAACUAGUGCUUUAACAGGUCUCCCGUUUACCACCAUGUAGAUGAGUUGAAGUCCUUCCGACUUCUUUUAUGGUUUUGCGGUUGUGGAUCUUUUCUUUUCCUUGUUCGGGAGCUUUUUGAUGUUAUAUUUUUCCUGUGUUUUUUGGGAGUUUCUUGCGUAUUUAAAGUGUCGAUCAAUUUUGCUUCUAACUCAUCAAAGUUUUUGUGAAAGUUUUGGAUCUUGGCGUCUACCUCACUCCGCAGCCUUGCGAUUUCCUCCGGGAUCAUGGCUUGCAUCUCGAGGCGUAUGACUUCGAUAGCGGUUUUGAAGUCUUCUUUGAGUCCUCUUAACUCAUCUCGCAAUGUUCCUAAAGCGUCUAGCAUUUCCAAGGAGCAAUUGACAAGAAUUCCAAGUUGUGUGACCGAAGCUUCGACAUUAAUCUUCAUUUUGUCUAAGGAUCCAGCCAAAUCCAUAAACACGCUUUUAACUUCUUGUUGAUUCUGGUUGUGAUAACGUGCCUCUUCUUUACUAGAGAUGAUUUUCUUGUUCGUUGCUCCCUUCUUGCUUUUCUUCUUCGCCAUCCCAAUGAACCGACGCGGCUCUGAUACCACUUGUCACGGAGUUAUUCUUGAACUCUCGUGCGGCACUUAGAAUACUUCUAAGUUCAGCCUUUUGGAUGGGUUUAGUUAUGUAUAGCAGCGGAAGUCUUUGUUUGUGAGGAUCACAAGUAUGAUUUUGUAGUGCAAUACUACACCAAAGAUGGUUAUGUAUUACUUAAACAAAGUUACAAGUACAAAGUGUUUACAAGAAGUUGGGUUAUGAAUGAGUUAUGAGGGGGUUAUGUGGGGUGAUCUCAAAAUGAGACCCUAACACCUAUUUAUACUAGUUUUAGAGAAUUCUCAAUCUAGAGAAUUCCUUACAUAAUAUUCAAGAUAUUUAUGAGCUGAAUUCUAUAGCAUUCUUGCCAAAAUAUCCAGCAUUUUCAAGUGUUUUCAAGAGUCUUCUAGAGAGUUUUUGGCUGCAACUUUUGGGCAGAAUUAUGCAGCCUUUUCUAGAUUGUUCCGAGCACUUUGAAGGCUGAUCUAGGACCUUCUAAGGGUGCCAACACGUUCCAGUAUUCUCUAGGCUGUUCUAGAGACUUUCGGGCAGCCCUAGACGCUUCCUUAGUGUUCCGGAAACUUCUGGAAUGCUGAAAUUUUGAGUUGAAUUUUUGCGGGGCAUGACACAAUCCUUUCUUUCUUCAAUUCUCAUAUCUUUCAGAUGGGUUCUUGGAUUCUUGCGUUCGCAGUUGCGCAUGAAUGUUUCAUAUUCAAACGCAUUUUUUAAAAGCCCGAUAAACAGGCAUUCGGGAUUGCAUGAUCUUCGUUGAAUUUUACAUGUUGUGCAUGGGGUAAAUGAAGAUUUACCCAUGUUUGAUGAAGUUUUAAUGGCUUGAAUUUAGGGAGAGAAUAAGAGAGAAAGAGAGAGAGAGAGAGAGAGAGAAUAACCAAAACCAAACUAUCGUUUUUAUAACUCAACUGUUUUAUUUAUAAGCGACUAACAAACUUAUACAACUGAAAUUCAGGAUUAAUUAAGAUCAAAUUCAAAUGACAACAUCAAUAAGGGGGUAGGGGUGGUCAUCACUCAUCACUCACAACAUCCAAUCAAGUUCCGCGAUGACAUC